AUAGUAUAAAGUUUAUACGUUAAACCAUAAUUGAAGUCUACUCAGUUGUGCCAGAUUAUAUUUACAAUACUCAAAAUGAAGUGGUCAAUUUUGGGAUGGAGGGCCAACCACGACACCGGUGCCGCUCAUGAGGCUAGUAUUAACGCCGAAGCUGACCGUAGACGAGGUAAACCAUGGGAAAAGGACGUUAAUGCCGAGCUGACCAUAUACGGGGCUGAUUUUCACGUUCACACCAUAAAGUUGGAAACCGACUACGGGGGCGGUAUCGGGACAGUGGGGGCCGAGGGUCCCAACGCGGGCAUUGACGUGGGCGUUAAAACAGGCACCGAUUUCACCGGGGUCGCCUUAAUGGCAGAGGCUAGUGCGAUAAAGGCCGAGGUUACAUUAGGUCCGGCCUACUUGUCGGGCAAUAUUAACGCCAACACCGGGGUUAAAAUGGGGUCGGGCGGGUUUCAAUUGAAUAUACUAGGGUGGGGCGCCACGUUAGGUGUGGGCGGCCGUUGA